AAGGAUAUUUAUGUUUAUAUGAUUUUUUUUUUCAAUUUAAAUACGACUGUUACAAUUUUGUUCAAGUAAAUAUUGCAUACAUAAUUAUUUUUGAUUUGGUUUUCUGAUAUAUGUUUGUAGAUAUGUGCAUAAAAAAACUCACUAAUCUAAAAUCCAGGCUUAUUUGUACAUGAAAUGUAGAGUUCUCAACAUUUGAAAUUAAAUUAUUUCAAUGAAUUAUUCAAUCUAUGUACACGAUAUGACUGCUCCGUUCAGUACUCAGGAAAGGGAAGGCGACGGCAACCGUUCAGACAAAAAAAGGCUUCGAUAAGAACGAAGAACGCCAGGAAGACAUCUUUUCUUAAGUUGCGUCCGCAUUGUUGUGAUUAAGCGUUUUGAGUUUUGUUUUCGAUAUUUAAGACUCUCAGUUGGUGUUCUCUGUUUUAGUGUCCAGCAGACUGUGUUCCAGACAGUUCCGCGAAAGAUUUUGUCCGGGUUUUUAUUCUUCCCUUUUUAUUCGUUUAUUUAUUUUUGUCAAAGUAUAAUAUAGAGUGCCUUUUCGUAUAAAGAAUUAUAACAAGAAGAACAACAGAGAUGUUUGUAGCAGUGAUUUUGCUGAUACUUACAGCAAUACUAUUUUGGAAGCUGCACCAAACUAAAAACUAUCCGCCAGGGCCUUGGGGAGUACCAAUACUUGGGUAUUUGCCAUUCUUAGAUGCUCGCGUCCCUUACAAGACUCUUGAAAAACUAUCAAAAAAGUAUGGUCCCAUUUACUGCCUCUCAUUAGGGAACAUCAAUACUGUAGUACUCUCCGAGGCAUCUGUGAUUCGAGACUUUUUCCGUCGUGAAGAAUUCACAGCCAGAGCCCCUCUUUUUAUCACGCAUGGCAUUAUGGGUGGAUAUGGAAUUAUCUGUGCAGAAGGACCACUUUGGAAAGAUCAGAGGCGUCAAAUUAUCGACUGGCUGAAACGUAUAGGAAUGGUUAAAUUCGGAAGUUCUCGGGGUGUACUUGAAAAAAGAAUUCGAAUUGGCGUGGACGAUUUUAUCAAGACUUUGCAUGAAAAGUGUUCAAAUUCCUUAGAAAUCAAUCCAAUGCACGCGCUGCUUCAUUCCAUGGGCAACGUUGUGAACGAUUUGGUAUUUGGCAUCACAUACACCAGGCAUGAUGCCAUCUGGAAAUACCUGCAGGAACUGGCUGAAGAAGGAGUCAAGCACAUAGGAGUGUCUGGUGUGGUUAAUUUUCUUCCUUUCCUCAGAUUUUUACCUGCGAAUAAAAAAACAAUACGUUUUUUGCUGGAGGGAAAAAGAAAAACUCACCGCAUUUAUGAUCGCAUUAUUAAAGAUUGUGCCAAGAGUCUAGAUGUGGAUGCCAAAUCUGGCACUGAACAUGUGAACAUUCUUAGAUGCUUCUUGCAAGAGAAAAAUAAACGGCUUGCAGCUAAUGAUCCUAGUGCAGAUUUGUACAGUGAUGACCAGUUACGACAUUUACUUGCAGAUUUAUUUGGUGCUGGCGUGGAUACCACAUUGACAACGUUACGCUGGCUUCUUUUGUACUUGGCCAAGUAUCCAAAGUACCAAGAUAAGCUAAGAAAAGAACUUUCUGCAUUUGAUAAGGAUGGCAUUUGUUUAGAUGACAUUGAUAGCAUAGACCUGAUGAGAGCUUGUGUCUCUGAAAUUGAGAGAAUUCGGGCAGUUGUUCCAUUGGGAAUACCACAUGGAACGGUAAAGGAUAUGAUAAUAAAUAAUUACAAAAUCCCAAAAAACUCAAUGAUAAUUCCUUUAUUAUGGGCAACACAUAUGAACUCAGAUUUAUGGCAAAAUCCUGAAGAAUAUAAUCCAUAUCGUUUUAUCACUACGGAAGGUAAAUACUUCUGUCCCGCCUAUUUUAUACCAUUCCAAUCAGUUUGUCUUUCAAAAAAAAGGUAAACGAAUGUGUCCCGGUGAAGAAAUGGCCAAAAUGUUGCUCUUCCUCUUUGUCGGUUUGACAUUGAUAAACUUUGAAAUUUCCAUUCCUACAAAUGCCGACAUUAACA